UAUCGGCGCGCUCCAGUGUCUCCUCCUACAACGCGCGCCAAAGUUGGCCACUUAUACUACUUUCAACCAGCAAACAGACGUUAAAACUAGCGGAUAACGUAUAUCAAGGUAAAGAAUUAAAUAAACUUUGCCCAUUUACACAUUUGAGUUCAAGGUGCAUCCCCUCCCUUAACACUGCACAAAACCCUUUACUAAAGGGGUCUUCUUUUACCUCACCAACUCACCAACCAGGUGACGAACAUCACCGCUUUUGCUGUUGGAGGGGUUUAACUAUUUAGGAGUUUCUCUGACUGGGACUACGAUUUUAUUGUCUGCUUUUUAUCCUUUUGAGAGGAGACAUUUCGUCACAUCCUGUCGGCGUAGACCUACAUUUUCUUGUCUGGACUUUGCACGAGUAAGAAUUUGGUACCAGUGCCCACUCGGUGUUGCUUCAGUAGCUAGAAUGGCUACUUUACCAGGAACAGUGCCUCGAAUGAUGCGCCCUGCGCCAGGCCAGAACUACCCCCGCACGGGAUUCCCUCUGGAAGGACAAUAUGCAGGACCUGAAUAUGUUUAUUGUGGAACAGUAUCAACCCCCCUGGGCCAAGGUCGGGUGAACCAGCUCGGUGGAGUGUUCAUCAACGGGAGGCCGCUGCCAAAUCAUAUCAGACACAAGAUAGUAGAGAUGGCCCACCAUGGCAUCCGACCCUGCGUAAUCUCGCGACAGCUACGAGUUUCCCAUGGUUGUGUCUCCAAAAUCCUCUGUCGGUACCAGGAGACCGGUUCGAUUCGUCCCGGGGCAAUAGGAGGCAGCAAGCCUAGGCAGGUAUCAACUCCGGAUGUGGAGAAGCGGAUUGAGGAGUACAAGCGAGAAAACCCCGGGAUGUUCAGUUGGGAGAUCCGGGACAAGCUGCUGAAGGAUGGGGUGUGCGACAGAAGCACUGUUCCUUCAGGUGAGGCUUCUGUGAGUUCCAUCAGCCGAGUUCUGAGGGCCCGAUUCGGCAAGAAAGAUGACGACGACGAUAGUGAUAAGAAGGAUGAAGACGGGGAAAAGAAAACAAAGCAUAGCAUCGAUGGUAUUCUCGGUGAUAAAGGUAAUCGUACAGACGAGGGUUCAGACGUGGAGUCGGAGCCGGACCUUCCCUUGAAGAGGAAGCAGCGUCGAAGCCGCACCACCUUCACAGCCGAGCAGCUGGAGGAGCUGGAGAAGGCCUUUGAGAGGACACACUACCCAGACAUCUACACCAGGGAAGAGCUGGCCCAGAGGACCAAGCUCACUGAGGCCCGCGUACAGGUGUGGUUCAGCAACAGAAGGGCCAGAUGGCGCAAGCAGGCAGGAGCCAAUCAGCUGGCCGCCUUCAACCACCUGUUACCUGGAGGCUUCCCGCCCACGGGGAUGCCCAGCCUACCUACCUACCAGCUACCUGAGUGCUCAUACCCCGGCACUACACUGUCACAGGAUGGCAGCAGUACGUUACAUCGGCCCCAACCCCUGCCUCCGUCCUCCAUGCACCAGGGCGGGCUCUCUGACGGCAGCUCCCCCUACGGCCUCUCAUCCAAUCGCCACAGCUUCUCCAGCUACUCAGACACCUUCAUGAGCCAAUCAGCUGCCAGCAACCACAUGAACCCGGUCAGCAACGGCCUCUCCCCACAGGUGAUGAGCAUCCUGAGUAACCCCAACGCCGUGCCCUCCCAGUCCCAGCAUGACUUCUCCAUCUCCCCCCUCCACGGCAGCCUGGAGUCCUCCAACCCCAUCUCAGCCAGCUGCAGCCAGCGCUCUGACUCCAUCAAGGGGGUGGACAGCCUGGCCUCCUCCCAGUCCUACUGUCCCCCCACCUACAGUGCCACCAGCUACAGUGUGGACCCCGUCACCGCCGGAUACCAGUACAGUCAGUAUGGACAGACUGCAGUGGACUACCUGACUAAGAACGUGAGUCUGUCCACCCAAAGAAGGAUGAAGCUGGGAGACCACUCUGCUGUCCUGGGACUGCUGCAGGUGGAGACGGGACAGGCCUACUGAAACACCCCAGCCUCCACCUGGCUCCACCCAUUCUAAACUCAACAAUCCUUUAACAAAGACAACCCUGCAGCUGCCCUCAACACCCUCCCUGCAGCCUAACCACUGCAGCUCUCUCUCCCUCCCCACCCUCCCUGCAGCCUAACCACUGCAGCUCUCUCUCUCUCUCUCCCCACCCUCCCUGCAGCCUAACCACUGCAGCUCUCUCUCCCUCCCCACCCUCCCUGCAGCCUAACCACUGCAGCUCUCUCUCCCUCCCCACCCUCCCUGCAGCCUAACCACUGCAGCUCUCUCUCCCUCCCCACCCUCCCUGCAGCCUAACCACUGCAGCUCUCUCUCUCUCUCUCCCCACCCUCCCUGCAGCCUAACCACUGCAGCUCUCUCUCUCCCUCCCCACCCUCCCUGCAGCCUAACCACUGCAGCUCUCUCUCUCUCUCUCCCCACCCUCCCUGCAGCCUAACCACUGCAGCUCUCUCUCUCUCCCUCCCCACCCUCCCUGCAGCCUAACCACUGCAUCUCUCUCUCUCUCCCUCCCAACCCUCCCUGCAGCCUAACCACUGCAGCUCUCUCUCUCCCUCCCCACACUCCCUGCAGCCUAACCACUGCAGCUCUCUCUCUCUCCCUCCCCACCCUCCCUGCAGCCUAACCACUGCAGCUCUCUCUCUCCCUCCCCACCCUCCCUGCAGCCUAACCACUGCAGCUCUCUAUCUCUCUCUCUCCCCACCCUCCCUGCAGCCUAACCACUGCAGCUCUCUCUCUCUCCCUCCCCACCCUCCCUGCAGCCUAACCACUGCAGCUCUCUCUCUUCCUCCCCACCCUCUCUGCAGCCUAACCACUGCAGCUCUCUCUCUCUCUCCCCACCCUCCCUGCAGCCUAACCACUGCAGCUCUCUCUCCCUCCCCACCCUCCCUGCAGCCUAACCACUGCAGCUCUCUCUCUCCCUCCCCACCCUCCCUGCAGCCUAACCACUGCAGCUCUCUCUCUCCCUCCCCACCCUCCCUGCAGCCUAACCACUGCAGCUCUCUCUCUCUCUCUCUCUCUCUCUCUCUCUCUCUCUCUCUCUCUCUCUCUCUCUCUCUCUCUCUCUCUCCCCACCCUCCCUGCAGCCUAACCACUGCAGCUCUCUCUCUCUCCCUCCCCACCAUCCCUGCAGCCUAACCACUGCAGCUCUCUCUCUCUCUCCCUCCCAACCCUCCCUGCAGCCUAACCACUGCAGCUCUCUCUCUCUCCCUCCCCACCCUCCCUGCAGCCUAACCACUGCAGCUCUCUCUCUCCCUCCCCACCCUCCCUGCAGCCUAACCACUGCAGCUCUCUCUCUCUCCCUCCCCACCCUCCCUGCAGCCUAACCACUGUAGCUCUCUCUCUCCCUCCCCACCCUCCAUGCAGCCUAACCACUGUAGCUCUCUCUCUCCCUCCCCACCCUCCCUGCAGCCUAACCACUGCAGCUCUCUCUCUCUCUCUCCCCACCCUCCCUUCAGCCUAACCACUGCAGCUCUCUCUCUCUCUCCCUCCCCACCCUCCCUGCAGCCUAACCACUGCAGCUCUCUCUCUUCCUCCCCACCCUCCCUGCAGCCUAACCACUGCAGCUCUCUCUCUCCCUCCCCACCCUCCCUGCAGCCUAACCACGGCAGCUCUCUCUCUCCCUCCCCACCCUCCCUGCAGCCUAACCCCUGCAGCUCUCUCUCCCUCCCCACCCUCCCUGCAGCCUAACCACUGCAGCUCUCUCUCCCUCCCCACCCUCCCUGCAGCCUAACCACUGCAGCUCUCUCUCCCUCCCCACCCUCCCUGCAGCCUAACCACUGCAGCUCUCUCUCUCCCUCCCCACCCUCCCUGCAGCCUAACCACUGCAGCUCUCUCUCUCUCUCUCUCUCUCUCUCUCUCUCUCUCUCUCUCUCUCUCUCCCCACCCUCCUUGCAGCCUAACCACUGCAGCUCUCUCUCUCUCCCUCCCCACCCUCCCUGCAGCCUAACCACUGCAGCUCUCUCUCUCUCCCUCCCAACCCUCCCUGCAGCCUAACCACUGCAGCUCUCUCUCUCUCCCUCCCCACCCUCCCUGCAGCCUAACCACUGCAGCUCUGUCUCUCUCUCCCUACCCUCCCUGCAGCCUAACCACUGCAGCUCUCUCUCUCUCCCUCCCCACCAUCCCUGCAGCCUAACCACUGCAGCUCUCUCUCUCUCCCUCCCCACCCUCCCUGCAGCCUAACCACUGCAGCUCUCUCUCUCCCUCCCCACCCUCCCUGCAGCCUAACCACUGCAGCUCUCUCUCUCUCCCUCCCCACCCUCCCUGCAGCCUAACCACUGUAGCUCUCUCUCUCCCUCCCCACCCUCCAUGCAGCCUAACCACUGUAGCUCUCUCUCUCCCUCCCCACCCUCCCUGCAGCCUAACCACUGCAGCUCUCUCUCUCUCUCUCCCCACCCUCCCUUCAGCCUAACCACUGCAGCUCUCUCUCUCUCUCCCUCCCCACCCUCCCUGCAGCCUAACCACUGCAGCUCUCUCUCUUCCUCCCCACCCUCCCUGCAGCCUAACCACUGCAGCUCUCUCUCUCCCUCCCCACCCUCCCUGCAGCCUAACCACG